AUUACCGAUCGGCCAUGAAUUCCACGAAAUCGAAGAAAAUACUUCUACUUUAAUUCUCAUUCUUGUGGUGGCGGAGCGUACUAUGGUGUAGGAGAAGCAGCGAACCACGUCGCCUCGCUUGUGUCCGCGCGUUCGUACCAGCGACACCAAACCUCCUCUCUAUCUCCUCCAUCCCUAAUCCCUCCCUCUUCCAUCCGGCCUUCCUCUCUCGCUCUUUCUCCCAUUCUAUGGCGGAUCCCUCCUCCCAGGACGUCGAUGAGUUCGUCUGGGUCGACGAGGCGGAGAUGGGCAUCCCGCUGGAGAAGUUCUCCGAGGUGUUCAAUCUCUUGCGACGGGGGAACCGUGCCUUCCGGGAGAAGAGAUUCGAGGAGGCAAUUUCAUAUUACUCCAAAGCUCUUCCUUUGAAACCUCAAGACCCUGUUAUUCUUGGCAAUCGAAGUGCUGCUUUCUGCAGGACCAGUCAACUUCUUAAGGAUCGAUCGGCGCGUGAUUCUGAAUAUCAACCCCUGAAUGGGCUUGAUCCUACUACUCAUGCUGAGCUUGCACUAAAGGAUGCUGAAAAAGUUAUUCGUGUCCACUGUACCUCACCAAAGGCAUAUUUCUUAAAGGCAAAUGCUCUUGUUCUGCUUGAACAGUAUGAAGAGGCGCGAGAAACCAUUCUUUCUGGCCUUCAAAUUGAUCCUCUGAGCAAUCUCCUCCAGACAUACCUCCAGGAGAUAGAUAGGGUCGUGGCUGGUUCAGUUAAAAGGGUUAAACACUGGAAGCCAGAACGUACAGAUGACUUAGAAUGCACAUUAUGUUUCAAAUUACUGUAUGAACCUGUCACCACUCCAUGUGGGCAUUCAUUUUGCCGCUCUUGCCUGCAUCAGUCUAUGGACCAUGGCAACAAGUGUCCUAUGUGUCGGAGAGUUUUAUUCAUCAGCCCUAGAACCUAUCCUAUCAGUGUGACACUCAAUAACAUCAUACAGAAAAGUUUUCCAGAAGAAUAUGCUGAGAGGAAGUCUGAGCAAGAAAGUUUGACUCACUUAGGAGUUGAUAUAAUGCCUCUUUUUGUCAUGGAUGUUGUCCUCCCAUGUCAAAAGAUAUCACUUAACAUAUUUGAACCUCGCUACAGACUUAUGGUUAGGAGGAUCAUGGAAGGGAAUCGUCGAAUGGGAAUGGUUGCUGUUGAUCCUGCAACAGGCUCAAUUGCUGAUUUUGCUUGUGAAGUAGAAAUUCUUGAGUGUGAACCACUCCCAGAUGGUCGGUUUUAUCUGGAGGUAGAAGGACAAAGGCGAUUCCGUAUCCUACGAUCGUGGGAUCAAGAUGGGUAUCGUGUUGCCGAAGUUGAAUGGAUUUGGGAUACUCUUCCACCAAAAGAUUCCCAAGAGAAGGAGGAUUUAAUGCAAAUGACUAUUGAAGCAGCAGAAUUGACAAAAGCAUGGUUCAAGCGUGCAAGAGAAUCCAUGAGAAUAGGUAGAAGAUCAAGGCAAUUGGAACAUUUUGAAGCUGAGGGAGUGCCGAAGCUAGAUAAUCCUGAACGUUUCAGUUUCUGGCUUAUCAACUUGUUAAAUAUAAGGCCAUCAGAGAGAUUGGAGCUUUUGCGGCUACAAGAUACCAGCAAAAGGAUUUCCCAUGGGCUCAUCUCCCUCCAGGCUGAAGAGCAAGGUUGUCGAGUCCAAUAGAUUGAUCGAAUUUUGUCUAGUUCUGCAUUUCUUUACAUAAAUGCUUUGACAAGUGCUGUUAUCUCAACAGAAAAAGCGGGAAAAAUUCCUAGAGGAGCCUGAAUACACAACUUGAUGUCGUUGCGAUCAUACUUUAUAGCAUAAUUUUUUCUAUUUACAAAUAUGUAGAUCACAAUUCGUCUUGCCUAGAUGUGUUAAGGUUUAAUUUGGAUUUAUUGUGGCCUAUAAAUAAAUUGGAAAGUACAAUGAAUUA